GGUCGCAGGAAGGAUAGGGUGUCCGCUGUGGCCAAACAGUGCGCUGAGGCGUCGCCUACGGGUGCUAAAGCCCUGGAUGUUGUGGCUGAUGUCACCAACGACAACGACUGUCGCCGAUUAGUCUCCGACACUAUUAAGACGUUCAAAAAGUUGGACAUUUUAGUCAACAACGCGGGUCGGGGCGUAGGGUCGAGCAUAAGGGACGGGGAUAUCCUCGAUAAGUAUGAGCUCAUUAUGAACACAAACCUCCGGUCAGUCGUACGGUUGACUCACUUAUGUGUCGAGCAUUUGGAGAAAACUAAGGGUAAUAUCGUUAACAUGUCGAGCGUUAUGGCUAUUAAACCGAAAGGACUAUUCUGUUACUUAAUGUCGAUGGCGGCGCUGGAUAUGUCCACAAAGUGCGUAGCGCUUGAGUUAGCCCCCAAAGGCAUCCGGGCUAACGUUGUCAAUCUCGGUCCCGUAAACACAGAGGCCAUGAGAGUCCGUCUAAAAAUA